AUGAACAGCAUCCUCAGCACCUUUUCAUUCGUCUUCCCAACACUCUCGCUUCUGACCUGGUGUCUUUCUGAUUCGGGCUUCUGUUCUCAUUAUAUUGCCACAUCAGUACCCACUCAUCACCAGCAUUCACCGGACGUUGUUAUAACGAGUUGCCCAACAGUUCAGCUCGAGACGCAGCUCCUGCAGAAUCCCGUCCUCCACCCAUCCGAUCACUAUGUAGCUCAUGAAAUCCUCAGGUCUCAUCACAACGCUCGUUGCCCAGCUCGGCUCCAUUGCAGCUCAGUCUUGGCCAACCGUCGGGUCAGAGGUCGCCACAGACCUCGAGGCAUCCUUCAGGGGAACGGAUGGCGCUUGGACACGACGUUCUACACCGAGACGGCAGACGGCAGCGUGGACGCCUCUAUCACAAGUGACAAGUUCUUCAGCAACUCGACCGCGGACGCGUUUGUGUCAGCAAUGGCAAAGGUGGCGGUGAUGAGCAACGACCAGGCCAGCUUGGUCGAUUGCUUGGACAUCAUCAGCGGUGCCUUUGCGUAG